AUGCCUGUAAGCUGUGUGUGUUAUGCAGUUCAUAUCCUCAAGCGUUUCGUUGCAGUUGUAGCUAUGGCGUGUUUAAGUUCGAGUAGGCUCUGUGCUCGUGUUCAAGAUAAGUUAUUGUGUCAAUUCGGACAUAAAGUUCGAAAGCAAACUGUAUUUGUGAAACUCAAACCUCCCGGACCAUCUCCAUUGCGAAUAUUUGGAAAGACAUGUCAGAGAGUCACAACAUGCGGCCCUGCUUGCGGGUCGGGUGGUUUCAGCGCGGGAGCAUCGAGCGGGCUGGUGCGCCGCCUCGCAUCCAGCCUCCAGAGCACAAGCACUGGCUCCCUACCAGAUUACGGCACACAGAUCGUCGACCCCUAUCGCUUACUGGAAGACGACCUCAAUGGAAUAUAUGAAGACAUCAGAUCCGAGCUGGAGCGUAACACCAACCAAUCAGAACUCAACACCAUAGCCACAUACUACUUCGAUGGUCAGGGCAAGGCGCUCAGGCCGAUGGUGGCCAUACUCAUGGCGAGGGCCGUUAACUACCACGUCUAUGGAGAAAACAGUGCAUUGCUGCCGUCACAGCGACAAGUGGCGAUGAUAAGCGAGAUGAUCCACUCGGCAUCGCUCAUACACGAUGACGUCAUAGACCAGAGUGAUUUCCGUCGCGGGAAACCCUCCGUCAACGUGCUCUGGAAUCACAAGAAGGUGGCGAUGGCCGGCGACUUCAUCCUCGCCGUGGCGUCGAUGAUGAUAGCUCGCUUGCGCAGCGAUGACGUCACACUCGUGCUCAGCCAGGUGGUCACAGACCUCGUUCAGGGCGAGUUCAUGCAGCUGGGCAGCAAGGAGACAGAAAACGAACGGUUCGCGCAUUACCUCACCAAGACCUACAGGAAGACAGCUUCACUCAUCGCCAACUCAGUCAAAGCGGUGGCCCUUUUAAGCGGGGCGGACGAGAGUACGUGCGAACUAGCAUUCCAAUAUGGACGCAACCUCGGCCUGUCAUUCCAGUUGGUAGACGAUCUACUAGACUUCGUGUCUUCAGCACAAGCCAUGGGCAAACCCACCGCCGCCGACCUCAAGCUUGGUCUGGCGACCGCACCAGUACUAUUUGCCUGUGAAAAGUAUCCAGAACUGAACCCGAUGAUAAUGAGGCGGUUCCAAGAGCCGGGUGAUGUAGAGAAAGCAUACGAGCUGGUGCACAAAUCUCGCGGACUCGAGCAGACACGUUUCCUAGCCCGUAAGCACGGAGCGGAGGCGGCACGCCUAGCGGCUGAGUUGGCUGACUCGCCCUACCAAAAGGGUCUAGUCGUCACCACCGACCUCGUGCUGAACAGGAUUAAAUAG